AGUUUUGACCCUCCCUCGAUUUUCUCUCUCCCCUCCGUUUCUCUCUCUUCGUAACUCAACAACACAACAGAAGGGGCCUCUUGUCGCCGAGACUUGUAGAGAGAGAAAGGAAAAAAAUAAAAAAUAAAACUCUUACUACAGUCUACAGGUGCAUAUAUAGAUAUAUAUAGAGAGAGAAAGUAGAGAGAGAAAUCAGAGAGAUUGAUGAGCUAGUAGUACAGUGGUGGGUUAAAUGGAGAGAGAGACACAAUUGGUUGGCUAGGGUUCUCAAUUUCAUCUGAUCGAUAUAGAGAGCUAUAUAUAUAUGUGUGUGUGUAGAGAGAGAGUGUGUGUCUGUGUGGAUAAAGGUUGUUCAAUUGUGGAAAUUCAACGGAAUUUGAGUUGAUAUUUUGGGUUUGAAAGGGGUUUUUUUAGGGGUUGAGUAGUUGAGAAUCCAAUUGGGGGUUCAGAUGAGAGAUCCGUGCUGAAGCUUCAUAGAAAUGGCUUCUUCAGAGGUUUCGUUCAGAGGAGAGAGCUUCUCUUCGGGUUACAGUGACACCAACGAUGGCGGAGCAGUCGCUAAGAAUGCUCCGGAGGGGACAAAGAGUUAUUCGGCGGUAGAUGCUACCGGAAAAGUCGAUCCAGAGACGGCGCUUUACACAGAGCUCUGGCAUGCUUGUGCUGGUCCUCUGGUGACCGUGCCUCGUGAGGGAGAUUGUGUGUUCUAUUUUCCUCAGGGACACAUCGAACAGGUUGAGGCAUCAACCAAUCAGGUGGUGGACCAGGCGAUGCCAUUGUACAAUCUUCCAUGGAAGAUCCUUUGUCGUGUGAUCAACAUCCAAUUGAAGGCCGAACCGGACACUGACGAGGUAUUUGCACAAAUGACUUUGCUUCCAAUAAGAGAAGACGAGAAUGCAUUGGUGAAGAAAACUAUGCCACCUCCCCCACCACGAUUUCGUGUUUAUUCCUUUUGCAAGACCCUUACUGCAUCAGAUACAAGCACACAUGGUGGCUUCUCAGUGCUGAGACGGCAUGCAGAUGAAUGCCUCCCUCCACUGGACAUGUCACGGCAACCGCCGACCCAGGAGUUGGUAGCCAAGGAUUUGCAUGGAAAUGAGUGGCGUUUCAAGCAUAUAUUUCGGGGUCAACCGCGUAGACACCUGCUUCAAAGUGGCUGGAGUGUCUUUGUUAGCUCCAAGAGGCUUGUUGCUGGGGAUGCAUUUAUAUUUCUAAGGGGUGAGAAUGGGGAACUUUGUGUUGGAGUAAGGCGUGCCAUGAGACAGCAGGGCAACGUCCCGUCAUCUGUGAUAUCCAGUCACAGCAUGCAUCUUGGUGUCCUUGCAACAGCUUGGCAUGCAUUCACAACUGGAACAAUAUUCACAGUCUAUUACAAGCCAAGGACAAGCCCUGCUGAGUUUAUAAUUCCGUUUGAUCAGUACACGGAGUCUGUCAAGAACAAUUACUCUAUAGGGAUGAGGUUUAAAAUGAGAUUUGAAGGUGAGGAAGCUCCAGAACAAAGGUAUACUGGAACCAUAGUUGGAAUUGAGGAUGCUGAUUCCAAUAGGUGGCCAGAAUCUAAAUGGAGAUGUCUCAAGGUACGAUGGGAUGAAACUUCUUCAGUUCCUCGUCCAGAGAGAGUUUCACCCUGGAAAAUAGAACCUGCUGUGUCUCCUGCUCUUAAUCCCCUCCCUGUCCCCAGACAAAAAAGGCCUCGAUCAAAUUGGGCGUCCUCAUCUCCUGAUUCCUCUGUUCUAACGAGGGAAGGUUCUUCUAAGGUGACUGUAGACCCUUUGCCAGCGAGUGCAUUUGCAAGGGUCUUGCAUGGUCGAGAACCAUCGAAUUUGAGAGGCACUUUUGUAGAGAGUAACGAGUCUGAUUCCACUGAAAAGCCAAUUGCGUGGCCUCCUUCACUGGAUGAUGAGAAGAUUGAUAUGGUUUCUGCUUCACAAAAAUAUGCAUCAAGGAAAUGGUUGCCCUUUAUGAGGCCUGAAUCAACUUUUACAGAUUUAUUGUCAGGUUUUGGGACACAAACUAAUUCCUCUCAUGAGUGCACUACUCCCUCGGUUGAUCAAAAUGCGGUUGCUGCUAACUCGAUGAAACUCAAUUUACCAGACCAGGAAGGCAAGUUCAACUUGCUUGGAAGCCCUUGGUCCAUAAUGCCUCCUGGUCUCUCGCUUAACUUGUUAGACUCUAGCAUGGAAACUCCCGUGCGAGGCAGUGAUAUACCUUAUAAUACACGAGAGGAUGUUAACUAUGGUAGUUUUAGUGAGUAUUCCAUUCUUCCUGGUCAUAGGGUAGAGCACCAGCAAGGAAAUUGGUUAAUGCCUCCCCCACAUCCAUCUUACAUUCAGAUGCCGGUACAAUCGAGAGAAGUAAUGCCAAAAUCUAUGUUGGUACAACAGCAUGAGGCUAUGAAACCUAAAGAUGGGAACUGCAAGCUCUUUGGUAUACCCCUCAUCAGUAACCCUGCUUCAGCGGAGCUAGGACUGCCUCAUAGGAAUGCAACUGAGCCAGCAGGUCAUAUGCAUCUGGUGCCGCCGCCGCAUCAAUCUUGUGCCCUCGACUCUGAUCAAAGGUCUGAACAAUCGAAGGGCUCAAAACUGACUGAUAAUUUGCUUGCUAGUGGUGAGCAAGAGAAACCAUCCCAAAAUUGUCAGCCGCCUGUUAUAGAUCGUCAAGUCAAAUUCCAGGGUGGUUCAACCAGGAGCUGUACUAAGGUUCACAAGCAGGGGAUUGCCCUUGGUAGGUCUGUGGACCUAACCAAGUUCAAUAGCUAUGAUGAAUUGAUUGCUGAAUUGGAUAAUUUGUUUGAAUUUCAUGGUGAAUUAAAGGCUCACAGCAAUGAUUGGAAGAUUGUAUACACUGAUGAUGAGGGUGAUAUGAUGCUUGUUGGAGAUGAUCCAUGGCAGGAAUUUUGUGGUAUGGUUCGAAAGAUCUUUAUCUAUACUAAAGACGAGGUCCAGAGGAUGAACCCUGGUACCCUGAAUUCCAAGUGUGAGGAGAAUCCACCGGUUGUAGAAGGCAUGGAUGCAAAAGAACUGCAGAAUCUGCCACUGCCUCCGGCAUCUAGCCCAGAGAACAGUUAGGUUUCACUCGCGUAUUUAUAGGAUUUUGGCGUAGGCAUUGGAGAAGACUGCUAUCCACAUAGCGGGAACCUCUGAACCGAUUGAGAUGCAUGCGGGUAGCUUCAGCUUCACGACGGCAAGUCUAAUUAUAUUGGCAAUUCUGGAAUGUGGAAGUAUAUGGCGGCUUAUUUAUAUACAUAACGUACGUACCCAUAUUUUCAGGUGAGGCAAUGACUGCCUUGCAUUCUCAAACCAUACCUCCUUGUACAAAGCUAUUUUACCCCUCCCAGCAUUGCAUAUAAGUAGAAGCUUAUUAUUGGUUUCCGUAGCAUUGGUCUCUAAAUGCAAUGAGCACACUAUAUAAUGCGCUGUUCAUAAUCUAUUUAGAGUUAUAGUGCUUGUAAAUUUUCAUGUAAUGUUAUUGGUUUGCAAGACGAGAGACGGAGUCUCUAAUCAACUGAGUUGUAGCAUCCACUGGACUGCAACUAUCUGGAUUAAUGCCGUAUGUUAUGGUUUUUUAAAGUCUUGAAGCAAUGUAGUUUAGGACACAUGACAGGUAAAGAUGUAUAUUUUUCCUUUUUUAAAUUGUUUAUUUUCAUUACA